AUGCCAGUCUGGCAUCGCAUGGAAGGCUGUGCAGAAUCCUUGCAGCGGCUCUGUGUGUCCUUCGCGUGGCUGAGCCCGGGCCAAGGUGAGGAGGCUCGGGCGCUUCUGGCCGAGCUGCGCGCCUUGCGAGCCUGUCUGGCAGGCUUUCCAGAUGGAAAUCCUGAGACCGUGGCGCUCGUUCAGGUGCCAACGAGCUCCAACCAGGCUUUGCGUUCCCACAGCAAGGUCUCGCUAGCGGCUCUGCGUGCAAGACUGGCAGCGUGCACUUGGGAGAUCUCAAGCCUUCGCGCUCUCUGUGAGGAUGCCGAGGAUAGACGCCACGAGGCACUCCUGGCAGGUGUGCUGGGCGAAGCAGCCGCUUUACACGUUCGCCUGCUACAGUUUCGGGAAGCACACGCGAAGCUUGCAGAGUGUCUCCAGCUUUCGCCAGAGUCCCAGGCUGCCAAGUCGCUCGCUCGAGACUGUGCGAUUGCGCUCGGCAGUCGCGCGGAGGAUGUGCUUGGAAUGGGUCCGCGAAUCUCUUGGAAGGAGGUGACAUCUGUGUCAGCGGAGCUGAAGGAGAGGUUACAGGGUGUCGGCUACACGCAAGAGAGCCUUCCCAAGGCCGCCGGACUGCCUUCCAUGCUGCAUUUCGUCUCCAACAGAGGAGAAUCGCUGGCGAAUGCUCUGCAGGCACGCGUGCGCACUGGGGAUGUGUCGCAAGACCUGGUGGAUCUUGUUCGUUUGUUUCUUCUUCGCCGGCUGCUGCCGCUACAACGGGUGGUUGCCCUUCUUGGGGAGGAGAUUACCUCAGCCUUCCUGCGGCUGAAGGCCUUCUGUCUUAUUGUGGGCCCGAACUCCCGGGUCUGUUCGGAAUCGGAAGCUGCUGAGAUGCUAUCCGAGUCGCAGCUUCCGGCCGACCUGGAGCUUUUCUCUGCGAUUGCGCUUUGGCCCCUGGAGGAGGAUCUACUCAUCGCGACCGACUACGGCGAUACACAGCAUUCUGCACAUUUUGAGCCGGUGAUGUACCUAUCCUUGGACUCCUACGCCUUGGUCGCAGCAGCACCCCGUGAGCCUGUACAGCGAGUCCUGGACGUCUGCUGUGGCAGCGGCGUGCAGGGCAUCGUGGCUUUGAGAACUUAUGCAGAGCGGGCUACAUUUGUGGACAUCAACCCCAGAUGCCUCACCUUCACACGUUUCAAUUCUGCAUUGAACGGCUUCUAUGAGCGAGCAUCUUUCAUCCAGGGAAGUGUGGACACCUUGAAUGACUUGGACUUGUUUCAGGCCAUCUUGGCCAACCCACCCUUUGUGCCAAACCCGGAACAUACGGCAGCUGCGGCAGCUCCUCUCUACUCGGGUGCUGGGUGCGAUGGCGAGGCCGUCCACCGAGCGAUUUUUGCCAAAGCUUUGCAUCUUCUGGGCAACGGAGGCUAUUUGAGCACUGUCGCAGAGGUGCCCAAUCCGGAGAGCUUGGCCACGCGGGUGAAGGACUGGAUCGAGGAGGGGCAGGCUGAAGAUGGUGUACGGCCGGACAUGACUGUGAAGGUGUUUACCGGCAAGCGAGUUCCUGCAGAGGAGUACUGGAGAAGUGCCACACAGGAGCGCUCGGAGCUCGAGCGUCGGAGCUACGCCGAGGGCCUGCGGGCCGUGGGGGUUCACUGCAUGGCAGAGGCACUUGUGCUUGCGCGACAUGACGGGAGAAGUGAACUCAGCCAUGACGUCGGGAGUGUGGUGAUUUCUGACAACGUGCAACGUGACCAGCUCUGGGUCGAUGACGAGUAUCUGCGCACUCGUGUGGCUCUCUGCUUGUUGCCCAGCUGA